GGGAUCACGGGGUAAACACAUCAGCCACACCAACUACAAAAGACAGGCGACCAAGAAAUGCCGCGUGAAUUUCAUAAUUGAGCAGUAAAUAAAGACUAAAAACUUCAUUCACAUCCGACGUCCGGAUUUUUUCUUGGCAUUUGGACUUUGAAGCUUUAGUCAGAGGUCAGGCAGUUAUAAAUACGAGCAUUGAACAGCAAGUGAGGCAUUUACGCACCAGGGCGAUAUCACUAUGGCCAUAUGGAUUCUAGUCGGCUCUUUUUUCAUGUUACUGCAAACUGCUGCCGGCCAGACCAGUAUACGGUGGUGCACGAUCUCUACAGAGGAGGCGAAGAAAUGUAACGCCAUGUCGGAGGCCUUCAUGAGAGCUUCAAUUCGUCCGGAGCUCAAAUGCGUCGACGUGACUACAGUGGAGGAAUGCGCGCGCAAAAUCACGGCGAACGAAGUGGACGCCUUCUCCGUAAACUCUAAGGACAUCUACGAACUGGGGAAAACGGCUUCCUUCAAAAUGGCAGCCGGGGAGUCCGAUUCUGCAGGAGAGGGCACUGUGUACUAUGCUGUUGCCGUGGUGAAGAAGGCAAACCCCAGCGUCAACAUCAACUCUCUGAGGGGCCGUAAGACCUGUCACACAGGCAAGGGCCGCACGGCCGGCUGGAACAUGCCCCUGGGCUACCUGAUAGACCAGGGCAAGAUGUCCGUCAUGGGCUGUAACAUCUCUCAGGGGGUGGCUGACUUCUUCAGUGCCAGCUGUAUCCCAGGGGCGCAUGGCGACCCCCCCUCCCUGUGUAAGCUGUGUGUGGGCAACGGGGCGGGGCAGCACGUGUGUGACAUGACCACGGACGAGAAGUACUUUGCUUACAGCGGUGCCUUCAGGUGCCUGGUUGAGGAUGCAGGAGAGGUGGCCUUUGUGAAACACACAACUGUGGCAGAAAACACUGAUGGUUCUGGGGAGGUCUGGGCCCAGGGCCUGAGCUCCUCCGACUACCAGCUGCUGUGCCGCGACGGGACGCGGAUGCCCGUCUCAGAGUACCGACGCUGCCACCUGGUCAGGGUGCCAGCCCGUGGCAUCGUGGUCCGCCAUGACAUCAGCAGCUCCCUGGUCUACCAGAUGCUGAAAGAUGGCCUGCAGAAGUCUGGCUUCUCCAUGUUCUCCUCAGUAGAAGGCACCAACCUGCUCUUCAGUGAUUCGUCCACACAGUUCCUUGAAGCUCGUUCUGAGGAUCCUAAGGUGUGGAUGGGAGACAUCUACCACAACGCCCUGAGAGCCAUGGACUGUAAUCCUAAUGAGGUCCCUGAAGGCCUGCGCUGGUGUGUGUUGUCGAGCGGGGAGCAGCAGAAGUGUGCAGACAUGGCCGUCGCCAUGGACAACAAGUCCCUGAGACCUGUCAUCCAGUGUUUGUACGGCUCCUCAGUAGAAGACUGCAUGAAGAAGAUCCAGAACAAAGAAGCCGAUGCCAUCACUCUGGAUGGAGGCUACAUCUACACAGCAGGGAAGAGUUAUGGUCUGGUUCCUGCCACCGGAGAAAGCUACACAGGGGACUAUGAUGGUAGUAUCUACUAUUCGGUGGCGGUGGUGAAGAAGUCGAACCAGGACAUCCACACUCUAGAUGACCUGAGGGGAAAGAGAUCCUGCCACACGGGCUACGGCCGCACCGCUGGCUGGAAUGUUCCCAUGGCAACACUGAUGGACAAGGGUAUCAUCAGACCCCAGCCGUGCGACAUACCUCAAGCGGCGGGAGAGUUCUUUCAGAGCAGCUGUGUCCCUGGGGCCAACCAGCCCGGUUUCCCUAGCAACCUGUGUGACCUUUGUAAAGGGGACAGCAGCGGACAGAACAAAUGUGACAAGGACAAGGACCUGUUUGACGGAUACGAGGGAGCCUUCAGGUGUCUAGCCUCAGGAUCAGGGGAUGUGGCCUUCAUCAAACACUCCACAGUCUUCCAAAACACUGACGGUAACUCUGGGGAGUCGUGGGCAGUGGACCUCAAGUCCUCCCAGUUCCAGCUGCUCUGUCCUCAGGGCUCCAGGGUGGAGGUGACUCAGUACCAGCAUUGCAACCUGGCGCGUGUCCCCUCCCACGCCGUCAUGGUACGACCCGACACCAACAUCCAUGCUGUCUUCGGCCUGCUGGACAGAGCCCAGGGCUACUUUAAAGAUGACGCAGGCCCAGGCUUCCGGAUGUUUGACUCGACCGGCUAUGAAGGAACCGACCUGAUCUUUAAAGACUCCACCGUUGCCCUGAUCGGUGUGGCCGACAGGAAGACCUACGAGGACUGGCUGGGGCAGGAGUAUAUGCACUCUCUGACCAACAUGGAGUGUAACUCCUCCAGUAUAGUGAGGUCCUCUGCCUCCCUGCUCCUGGUGGCUCUGCUCAGCUCUGCGCUCUCCUUCCUCUGGGCCUAGACACGUCUAGUCCCUGGCCUUCUUCCCCUGCUCCUGACCCCACGUCCCCCCUGCCCUCAGCUCCAACCAGUGCCACAGCCCCACCCUCAACCCCUCCUCACGCCAGCCCCAGCCCGCCCUCACCCCAGCCACAUUCCCAGCCUCAACCCCUCCUCACCCCAGCCUCAACCUAGCCCCUGCCCGCCUCACCCUAGCCCCGCCCACCUCACCCCACCCCCAACCUGCCUUACCCACCCACUGCCCUCCAGUCCCAUCUCUGUUUAUCAGCUACCACUCUUCAACUGCGCGUCAAUCACCAACAGUGCCUUUGAGCAUGUCCUCUUGUCUUUUACAGUGAUUGCUGACUACUCUACUAGAUGAACUUGCACUUGUGGGUGUAAAUGAUUAAGGGGGGGGGGGGGGGG